AUGGUCGCCAUUUCCCCCCCUAGCAGCAUGAUCAGGAGCGACCUGAGUCUGAAAAAGGGCAAGGCUGGCAGCGACUUCCAUGCUAGUGACGUCUACAGACUCCAACCACCCCAAGCGUGGCAACUGUGCAGGGAUUAG